CCAAUCUCCCGAAAUUGGUUCUUCCUUCUUUCCUCCAUGCAUGAUUCCCUCACAAAACUUUAAUAAAGCAAUCCUCAAAACCUCCUCUACUUUACAAAAACACAAAAAACCAACCAAAAAAUUAAAUCCCUCUUCCUCUAUACCUUCCUUAACAAGUAAUAGCCCAAAUGAAUAAUUGUUCAUCAUCAUCUUCUCCAUCUUUACAUCCCGACGUUACACUUACACUAACCAUACCUUCUUCUUCCUCAAAAGCUUCUCCAUUAGAGCCAGAACAGAGAGGCAUAUACCUUAUUCAGCAUCUCAUCACCUGUGCCAAACAUACCGCUUCUGGUAACCUCCACCAUGCAGAUUCAUGUCUUCGCCAGAUUUCCCACCUUGCCUCCAUCAGUGGCGAUUCCUUGCAGAGGCUCGCAGCCCGGUUCGCCUCCGCUUUAGCUCUCCGCCUCGUCAAGCACUGGCCGGGCGUCUACAAGGCACUGAGCUAUACUCAGCGACCCAAUAAUCCCGAGCUGGACCUAGCUCGGCGAGUCUUCAGGAAAGCCUUCCCUUACCUUGGUUUUGCAUACUCCAUAAUAGCCCGGACUCUGCUCCAGUCAAUGUCUCAUGAGGGAGUGAUCCAUAUUGUUGAUUUGGGUUCCGGUGAUACGAAAUUGUGGGUUCCUCUUAUAAGAAGCUUUGCUCUCCUACCAAGUGGUAUUAUUCCCCAUUUGAGAAUUUCUUGUGUUCAUGGUGAUAAAGCUGUUUUGGAUAAACUUGGACAGAGGCUGGUGAAGGAAGCACAGGCAUUAGACAUGACCUUUCAAUAUAAUCCGAUAAAUGUUGCGAAUUUAAAAGAGUUAGAUAUAGUCAUGUUCGAACAGAGAUCAGGGGAAGCACUCGCCUUUGUCUCGGUUCUGAAUCUCCAUGCUUUACUUGCUGAGGACGACCGAGUGGAUGCUCAUUUUUUCCGUGGGAAAAGCAAAGAUGCAGGAAUCGUCGUUAAAGAGUGUAAACAAAUGGAGAAGUUUUUAACGACGAUUAGGUCGAUGUGUCCAAAAGUGGUGUUAUUGGUGGAGCAAGAAGCUGAUCAUAAUUUGAACCGGUUAGUGGAUCGUUUGGUUGGAAGCUUGAACUAUUAUAGUGCUGUGUUUGAUUCGUUGGAUGUGACUUUUGGUUCGUCUUCUUCGUUAAUGGAGGAGAGAUUAGCAUUGGAAGAAAUGUUUGGGAGAGAGAUUGAGAAUAUUAUUGCUUGUGAAGGUUUGGAAAGGGUGGAGAGGCAUGAGAGAUAUGGGAGAUGGUUGGUUAGGUUCGGCGGUGCCGGGUUCAAGCCAGUCCGGUUGUGGUUCAACGGUUUGGAGGAUUGCAAGAAGAUGGUUGAGGCUUAUGGUAAGGAUGGUUAUAAGAUUGUAAGUAAUAAGGCAAGCUUGGUAAUAUGCUGGCAUGAAAGGCCUCUUUAUGCUGUUUCGGCAUGGACUUGCUAA